AUGACUUUCUUGAUGCUCGCCGGUGGUCUGGAUCAUGCUAGAGCUGUGCGUGUGCUGUUGGAAAAGGGAUCCAACAUCCUCGCCGAAACCGAUGAGCUUCGAGAUACCGUACUCCACUUCGCCACUCGGCGGAAUGUCUCUAUGGCAACCUUCCAAAUACUCCUUGAGAGGGGUGGGUUUGAACUCAUAAAGAGGCAGAACAAGGACAGGAAGAGUGCCUUGCACUUUGUGAUAGAUUAUGGAGGCCCUGAGAUGGUCAGAUCGCUGGUUGAGAAGACUGAGGCAUGCUCGGACAAUGCCGCGAGUGAAGUUCUGGGCCAAUGUGACGAUGAUGGAUGGACAGCACUGCACCACGCAGCGUACAGAGGAAAACUCCACUUUGUGGAAUAUCUCCUGGAGCACCGGGUAAAUGCGCUUGAUGUAGACUUCAAGCUAGCGAGCAAGCCACCUUUACACAAGGGAACGCAUAGAGAGGCUCUUGAAAAGCGAAGAGACUUUGUAUCCGCAAAGAAUACGCUCUACUAUACAGAUCUGUGGCUGGCCGCUGACAGAUAUUCACUAAGCUCUGUCCUGGAGAACCUGGAAAGCAAGGCGCUUUUCCCCGAGCUCCCUGCACAAGAUGAACCACAUUUUCCGGAUUCCGGGGAGAUAAAGCAUGUGUCCGAUCUUCUCCUCCAUUUUAUGAGUCUCCAUGAGCAGGAUCAGCCCUUUAUUGUGACUGAUACCACCGACACGCCUACUAUGAAGUUCAGGUUGGACAAUCCCAAAAUUAUUGCCGUUCUGAAUCGACAGAAGGCUAUUUUAGACAAGUACUUGGCUGGAUCACACUGUCUUCCACAUCUGGAUCGAGAGGGCAUGUCAUGGGCUGCUGUGGCCGCACUCGGUGCCGAUAUUACUAUCACAGACACUAUAUUGAGAAUUGAAUACGGCCAGUCAGGAAUGGGCGACUCCCAUGCGACCGAUCUCCUUAGUUUGGGAAUUAGCAGUCAGAAUCUUUCCUUCAUUCGAGCUCUGCUACACUGGUUAGAGGCACAAUCAAUGGCAGAUCGGCAUGAUGAUGACAAACGGGAUAUCCGCGACGUGAAAAGCCAUGGAAUUCCUGUCCUUCCACCGUCGCAGAUAGUGAGAAUCCUGUUCGAUAACAAGGGGGAUGAACAGAAUUUAAUAUCUUUAUCCGCCUGCGGGGGUUCUUCAAGCCAUAGGGAUAUCGAAAGUUUUCUAUGGAAGGUCUUGGAUCAGAGCGUCGGCAAGGAUCGAGAGCAUUUUGUCAAUCUAGCAGAGGAAGAUCAAGACAGAAUCCUGGAGCUGGUAGCCCGCUAUAAGUCUCCAGACAAUGAGGCCGUGUCACUCAAGAAGCCCGUUGUCCUCUGGUGGCUCCUUUCUAACGGAGAAUACCCUACUGAGGAUGACAUCAAGCAUGCCGAGGAGCAAGCCAAAUUCUGGGGUGAAGAUGACAAGAAUGGUCAGAUUAUCCUCGAGCUUUUCAAUGAUCCUCCGCCGAUUCGGCAAACUAGGGCCCCGGCAGACGACCAUCAUCGCCCUAGCUUCGAACAUCCGGCCUCAGACUUCGGUUCACCAAGGGGUACGGUGCUCGACUUCCUUUGCGAAAACGGUCAGGAUCACUGCCAUGUUCUUUUCCAUCUCAAGCACUGUCCGGUAAUCGAUAUCAUCUACAGCAAGGGGCCUGAAACCAUCAUGUAUGACUGCAAGUAUCGCGAAGUCACAACACUAAGAGAUGCUCUGCAGAACGCUCCGCCAGCUAAUCCCCUAGGAGAUUCUUGCGAGAUAGACGAUCCCGAAGAGUCCAAGAUGGCGAUGGAGCAAGAAUUAAAGCAAGCGCAAAAGGGUCUUAGCGAACCAGACGUAAGAUGGGUACAUAUCCCGGUGACCAAUUACCCAUCGGGUCCAAUCGCAUUGACUGACAUGAUCCAGGAGCUUUUGGUCCGUCUGUCGAAGGACAAAAGCUUAACGAAUAAAGACCACCGACCACUCGCCUCAUUCAUUGACAACAACCAGGUUAUACUGGAUGCUGGUGGUCACAAGGCCUAUAUGAAGCCCCAAUAUGUGGUACAGGUGAGCCCAACAGUGCCUUUUUCUCGCGGACUACUCGGAUCCUUGCACGGUGACAUUGACUUCCAUGGCCGGGACAAAGGGUGUCUGCGAUCAGAGCCCGGCAGAGAGAACCACGCAACAUUGUUCUGCGAUAUAUGUUGGUCAAAGUGGCCACGCGAACUGGACCACAACUGUCCGAGGCAAUCGCUUCCGGAGCCCGUUGAGUCCCAAGAGGACCCCACAAACCAGGAGCAGUCCUACAUGACUCUCGAUCAAUACAACUACUCAUCGAUCAGUGACAACAGAAAGAGACAGUGAUCAAGUUGCUGGGCGCUUCACUCGACCGAAGGAUAGA